AUGGCGUCAAAGAAAUCAGGAAAGGUUGCGAAGAGUGAGGCCCCAAAACUCUCAGAGAAGAUGAAAAAAGAGGAAUUGAGCACAAGUGGUUCAAGUUCUAGCUCCAGUUCCUCUAGUUCAUCUGACUCUAGUUCAUCUAGGUCUUCGAGCUCCGAUGAAUCCUCUAGCUCUUCAAGCUCUUCCAGCUCUUCAAGCUCUUCCAGCUCUUCAAGUUCUUCUAGCUCUUCCAGCUCCUCUGAUAGCGAGCUGAGCACAAGUUCGGGAGAGAGUUCCAAUGAAGAAAAGAGCAAGCCAGGAAAUAAACGUAAGAAGUCUCCAAAAACCGCCAAAGCGGCCAAGAAGCAAAAGUUGUCGAAGAAGAGUAGCUCUAGCGAGUCGUCAUCGUCUUCAUCAUCGUCAGGGUCCUCGAGCAGCUCUUCUGACAGCGAAAGCUCGUCAUCUUCAAGCGCAUCCAGCGAUGAGUCUUCGUCUUCAAGUUCUUCGGAUAGCGAGUCCUCCUCAUCUGGCAGCUCUUCCUCCUCAUCUGGCAGCUCUUCCUCCUCAUCUGGCAGCAGCUCUUCGUCGUCUGACAGCGACUCUUCGUCGUCUGACAGCGACUCUUCCUCGUCUGGCAGCGACUCUUCCUCGUCCAGUAGCGACUCUUCCUCUUCUGACAGCGACUCUUCCUCCUCCGACAGCGACUCUUCCUCGUCUGGCAGCGACUCUUCCUCGUCUGGCAGCGACUCUUCUUCAUCUGGCAGCAGCUCUUCAUCGUCUGACAGCGACUCUUCCUCUUCGAGCAGUGGCUCUUCCUCUUCUGACAGCGACUCUUCUGAAAGCGAUGCUUCGUCAAGCAGUUCUUCCGAUGAUGAAGCCGAAAAAUCGCAAUUGAAAAGCCAUUCCUCGCCGGCUGGCUCUUCCUCUUCCACAAAGAAGAACAGCAAGCAUGAUGGAGAGACCCAAGAAACCUCUCAGGGGUCGUCCUCGUCUUCCAAAACUGCUUCACCAGAUGCGCCCUCACCCGCUGCUCCAAAAGACGGUAUUCCUGCGGCUGUUGACGAGCUUAAACCCGGCCAACGCAAACACUUUUCCCGUAUAGACAAAAAUGCUAUUAAGUUUGAAGACCGAGUUUUGACGGACAAUACCUACAAAGGUGCUGCUGGUACCUGGGGCGAGAAAGCAAACGAGAAGUUGGGAAGAGUGAGAGGCAAGGAUUUUACUAAGAAUAAAAACAAAAUGAAGAGAGGUUCUUACAGAGGCGGAAGCAUCACUUUGUCAAGUGGCUCUUACAAGUUUACCGAUUAA